UUGUCGGCUCUGAUUUCCUGCCCGCCACUUUCUCUCCUUUUUAAUCUCUGGACCGGAUAUUGUUAGCCUCACUAGUACAGCAGUCUCACCAGGUAGCACAUACAAGUCACCUGCCCGGUAAAUGUAACUGUCGCUGUCUGUGGGCAACCUUAACUACACCGGAUUGUUACUGCAAACAUGGAAAUACCUCGUUAUUUAGCGAAAAAGGCGAAAAGCAGAAACUGCCACCGGGAUAAGUUAACGGACGUUUUUCAGGGAGCACGAGUUUGGCUAAAAGAAAAUGAUGUGCAUAUUCCCUGCACUGUUUCUACCUGUACAGGAGGACUGGUGGUGUUUACUGCAGAUUAUGGAGAGGUAUUUACAUACAAACAAAAUGCCCUUACCAGGCAGAAAGUGGCUGUUAUGCACUCCACAAGUACCACGGGAGUGGAAGAUAUGGCCAUACUGAAUGAUCUUCAUGAAGGGGCUAUUAUGCACAAUCUCUUUUUACGGUAUCAACAAGACUCUAUUUAUACCUAUAUCGGCUCAAUUCUGGCCUCUGUCAAUCCAUACAAGUCAAUUCCUGGCCUCUAUGAUAGUCACACAGUGGAAUUAUAUAAUAAACAUAACCUUGGAGAACUUGCCCCACACAUCUUCGCCAUUGCAAAUGAAUGUUAUCGAUGUCUCUGGAAGCGUCUUGAAAACCAGUGUGUUCUCAUCAGUGGAGAAAGUGGUGCUGGGAAGACAGAAAGUACAAAGCUUAUUCUUAAGUUCCUGUCUGCUGCCAGUCAGAAUUCAUUAGAUUUAACAUGUAAGGAGAAAACCUUGCAUGUGGAGCAAGCUUUGUUGGAAAGCAGCCCAAUAAUGGAAGCUUUUGGGAAUGCAAAAACAAUUUACAACAACAACUCGAGCCGAUUUGGGAAGUUCAUGCAACUCAACUUUUGCCAGAAGGGUAACAUUCAAGGUGGAAAAAUAGUAGACUAUUUAUUAGAAAAGAACCGUGUUGUACGUCAGAAUCCUGGUGAAAGGAACUAUCAUAUUUUUUAUGCACUGCUCGCAGGAGCAGAAGGGGAGUUAAAAGAUACAUUUUAUUUGUGUCAUCCAGAAAAUUAUUAUUACUUGAAGCAGUCUGGAUGUACUGUGGAUAGCACAAUCAAUGACAAGGAGACCUUCCAAGAAGUCAUGGCAGCCAUGAAGACAAUGCACUUUAGCACAGAGGACAUCCAUGAUAUUUUCAAGAUUCUUGCUGGGAUUCUACAUUUAGGAAAUAUUGACUUUGUCACUGCUGGCGGGGCACAGAUCUCUUCCAAAUCAGCUUUAGGAAAAGUUUCGGAACUGCUUGGGUUGGAUUCAGCACAGCUCGCAGAAGUACUCACCCACAGAUCCAUGAUCCUGAGGGGGGAAGAAAUCUCCACUCCUCUCAGUGUAGAGCAGGCAGUGGACUCUAGAAAUUCAAUGGCCAUGGCACUUUAUGCCCAAUGCUUUACGUGGAUUAUUCAGAUGCUCAACAGUAAGAUUAAAGGAAAAGAUGACUUUCGAUCCAUUGGAAUUCUGGAUAUAUUUGGAUUUGAAAACUUUGAGAUUAAUCGUUUUGAGCAAUUCAACAUUAACUAUGCAAAUGAGAAACUUCAGGAAUAUUUUAACAAGCAUAUUUUUUCAUUGGAGCAACUGGAAUAUAAUAAGGAGGGACUGGCCUGGGAAGAUAUCAACUGGAUGGAUAAUGGGGAGUGCCUGGAUCUAAUUGAAAAGAAACUGGGGUUGUUGGCUCUCAUUAAUGAAGAGAGUCACUUUCCAAAAGCUACUGACAGCACAUUGCUUGAAAAACUUCAUAGUCAGCAUGCGCAAAAUCCAUUCUAUGUGAAACCUCGGGUCGCAGUUCAUAAUUUUGGAUUGAAACAGUAUGCUGGUGAGGUUAUAUAUGAUGUGAGAGGUAUCCUUGAGAAAAACAGAGAUACAUUUAGGGACGAUGUUCUUAAUUUACUACGCGAAAGUGGGGUAGAUUUCAUAUAUGACCUCUUUGAGCAUGUCUCAAGUCGAAACAAUCAGGAUACUCUGAAAACUGGCUCCAAGCAUCGGAAGCCAACAGUGAGCUCACAGUUUAAGCAUUCUCUCCAUUCUCUCAUGGCCACGUUGAGUUCAUCAAAUCCAUUUUUCAUUCGCUGCAUCAAACCAAAUUCUGAGAAGAUGCCAGACCAGUUUGACAACUCCUUGGUGCUAAACCAGUUGCGGUAUUCUGGAAUGCUAGAGACAGUUAGAAUAAGGAGGGCUGGGUUUCCUGUAAGGAGAAACUUUCAAGAUUUUUUUGCAAGGUACAAGGUAUUGAUGAAAAACAUGACACUUCCAGAAGAUAUGAAAGGAAAGUGUACCACUUUACUACAUCAUUAUGACAGUACACAUAACGAAUGGCAGCUUGGAAAAUCUAAAAUCUUUUUACGAGAGUCCCUAGAAAAUAAGUUGGAAAAGCAGCGUGAAGUUGACGUCUGUAAGGCUGCCAUGGUCAUCCAGGCUCAUAUCAUGGGUUACAUUGCCAGGAAACAAUAUCAGAAGAUCUUGCAGUGCAUUAUUGUGAUUCAAAAGAAUUACAGAGCGUUCUUCUGGAGGAGGAGAUUUCUUCAUAUUCGCAGAGCAGCUGUCAUAUUUCAGAAGUGUGUUAGAGGUCAUUUAGCUCGAAGGAUGUAUAUCCAGUUACUUGCAGAUCACAGACGAAAGGAAGAGGAAGACAGGGAAAGAAAAAGAUUAGAAGCUGAACGUCUUGCUCAAAAGGAGCAGCAAGCUAAUGAGCAAAAGGAGUUGACAGCUCAUCUUAUUACCAAAAAUAAUGUGAAAGAAGAGGGUCACAUUCUGGAGCGGCCUCAGGAUAGUACUCAGAUUGAGGAAAUCUUAAGGCUGGAGAGGGAGAUUCAGGAUCUCCAACGCAAGAAGGAGCAGCAGGAACUGUCUUUGACAGAGGCCUCCCUCCAACGACUUCAGCUUUUGCGAGAUGAGGAGUUAAAACGCUUAGAGGAAGAGGCCUGCCGUGCAGCUCAGGAGUUUCUUGAGUCACUUAACUUUGAUGAGAUUGAUGAAUGUGUACGGAACAUUGAGAAAUCCCUUACUUUUGGUAACAAUAAUACAAUACUUGCGGAGAAGCCAAGUUUCAAAUUUAGCCAGCCAUGCCCUGAGGAAGAAGUGGAUGAGGGCUUUGAGGCUGAUGAUGAUGCUUUUAAAGAUUCCCCUAACCCAAGUGAACAUGAACACUCAGACCAAAGGACUAGUGGAAUUAGAACUAGCGAUGAUUCAUCUGAGGAAGAUCCGUAUAUGAAUGAUACCAUGAUUGCUGCUAGCCCUGCGAAUGCAACACUGGUCCCCACUCUUCAGGACACACAUAACUUGAACCUGAAUGUGUCUACCAGUGGAGAGGCUGAGUACUAUAUGCCUGAGGACAUUAACUGUCAGGUCCAGGACUCCGUAGAACUGAUUCCUCCCAAUGAAGACUCGGACUAUGAUCAAGAUGAUUAUGAUGAUGGAGCUAUAGCUUCUGGAAGCAGUGUGACAUUUUCAAACCCCCGCAGUGGUCAGUGGUCUCCAGAUUAUCGAUUUUCUGUGGGCACUUAUAAUAGUUCUGGAGCUUAUCGGUUCAGCUCAGAAGGAGCACAGUCCUCUUUUGAAGACAGUGAAGAUGAUUUUGAUAGCCGAUUUGACACCGAUGAUGAAUUAUCUUACCGUAGAGAUUCUGUGUACAGCUGUGUCAGCCUUCCCUAUUUCCAUAGUUUCCUCUUCAUUAAAGGGGGUAUAAUAAAUACGUGGAAAAGAAGAUGGUGUGUCCUUAAGGAUGAAACAUUUUUGUGGUUCCGUUCCAAACAAGAGGCACUGAAGCAAGGAUGGCUGCACAAGAAAGGUGGUGGCUCUUCUACCCUCUCAAGACGCAACUGGAAAAGACGCUGGUUUGUUCUGCGGCAGUUUAAACUGAUGUAUUUUGAGAAUGACAGUGAAGAGAAGCUCAAGGGAACGUUAGAUGUGAGACAGGCAAAAGAGAUCAUUGAUAAUACAGGGAAGGAAAAUGGAAUUGAUAUCAUAAUGCCAGAACGAACUUAUCAUCUCAUUGCAGAGUCUGCUGAAGAUGCCAGCCAUUGGUUCAGUGUCUUGAGCCAGGUACAUGGAUCCACUGAGCAGGAGAUUCGUGAAAUGCAUGAUGAACAAGCCAAUCCUCAAAAUGCAGUGGGUACUCUUGAUGUCGGAAUGAUAGAUUCAGUGUGUGCUUCUGAUAAUCCAGACAGACCUAACUCUUUUGUAAUUAUCACUGCCAAUCGCAUUCUGCAUUGCAACGCUGAUACUCCUGAAGAGAUGCAUCACUGGAUUACACUUCUGCAGAGAUCGAAAGGAGAUACACGUGUUGAGGGGCAGGAGUUCAUCGUGAGAGGUUGGCUGCACAAAGAAAUGAAAAACAGUUCAAAAGCCUCACCCAGGUUGAAGAAACGUUGGUUUGUGCUAACGCACAACUCCCUGGAUUACUAUAAGAGCUCUGAAAAGAGUGCUAUCAAGCUCGGAACUGUUGUGCUCAAUAGCCUUUGCUCAGUAGUGCCACCUGAUGAGAAAGUUUUCAAAGAAACAGGUUAUUGGAAUGUUACUGUCUAUGGCCGCAAGCACUGCUAUCGUCUCUUUACAAAGCUAUUGAAUGAAGCGACUAGAUGGUCUAGUGCUAUUCAGAAUGUCAUAGAUACCAAAGUUCCUAUUGAUACUCCGACACAACAGCUUGUUCAAGAUAUUAAGGAAAACUGCUUAAAUCCUGAAGUUGUUGAACAGAUAUAUAAAAGGAAUCCAAUUCUUCGCUACACCCAGCACCCAUUGCACUCCCCACUGCUACCAUUGCCUUAUGGAGAUAUAAAUCUCAACUUGCUGAAAGAUAAAGGCUAUACCACUCUGCAAGAUGAAGCUAUCAAAAUUUUUAACUCCCUUCAGCAAAUGGAGUCUGUUCCUGAUCCAGUCCCAAUCAUUCAGGGUAUUUUGCAAACUGGACAAGACCUUCGACCUCUUCGAGAUGAGCUUUACUGUCAGUUAAUCAAACAGACAAACAAAACACCUGACCCAGGAAGUGUUGGCAAUUUGCGCAACUGGCAAAUUUUGACAUGUAUGAGUUGCACAUUUGCACCCUCUCGUACCAUUAUGAAGUACUUGAAAUUUCACUUAAAAAGAAUACGAGAACAGUUCCCAGGCACUGAAAUGGAGAAAUACUCUUCCUUUAUUUUUGAUACACUGAAGAAAACUAAAUCAAGAGAAUCAGUGCCAUCACGAGAGGAAAUCAAAGCGGUUAUAACAAGAGAAGAGCUGAUGACAACAGUAUACUGUCAUGGAGGAGGAUCAUGCAAAAUUACCAUCAACUCACAUACAUCAGCUGGAGAGGUGGUUGAAAAACUGAUCCGUGGCUUAGCAAUGGAAGACAGUAGGAAUAUGUUUGCCUUAUUUGAGUACAAUGGGAUUGAAAGCAAGGCAAUCGAGAGUAGGACUAUAGUUGCUGACGUUUUGUCUAAAUUUGAAAAACUGGCAGUAUCUUCUGAAGACAGUAACCCUUGGAAGUUUUAUUUCAAACUGUAUUGCUUCCUUGACACAGACAAUGUACCAAAAGACAGCGUCGAAUUUGCUUUUAUGUUUGAGCAGGCUCAUGAAGCUGUGGUCCAAGGGCAUUAUCCAGCACCUGAAGAAACACUGCAAUUCUUGGCAGCUUUAAGACUUCAGUAUUUACAAGGGGAUUUCACGUCAGCUAUAGUCCCUGAGAUGGAAGAGGUUUACCCAAUGGAGAGGCUUAAAUGCAGAAUUAUCCAGUCAGCUAAGGCUUUUGCUCCUGGCAGUGACAGAAGUGAUAAGAAACGUUCAAGCUUUUUAGAAGGUACUCUGCGUAGAAGUUUCCGUAGCGGCUCUAUAAGCAAGCAAAGGCUAGAGGAGGAGCAAAUGCUGGACAUGUGGGUGAAAGAAGAGAUCUCUGUCGUCAAGACAAACAUCCUUGACAAGUGGAGAAGACUCCAGGGUAUGACCCAGGAACUAGCCUUGAUGAAGUACAUGGCUGUAGUAAAAGAGUGGCCUGGAUAUGGUUCAACUUUGUUUGAUAUUGAGUCCAGGGAUGGGAAAUUCCCUCAAGAGCUGUGGUUAGGUGUUAGUGCUGAAGCCGUUUCCGUUUACAAGAGAGGAGAACCCAGGCCUUUAGAGGUUUAUCAUUACGAACAUAUUCUAUCCUUUGGUGCUCCAAUGUGUAAUAUGUACAAGAUUGUGGUGGAUGAACGGGAGCUACUCUUCGAAACAAGCCAGGUGGUGGACAUUGCUAAACUAAUGAAAGCCUAUAUCAGCAUGAUUGUGAAGAAACGCUACAGCACGUCACGGUCCAUCAGCAGUCAUGGAAGCCAAUGUAGCAGCAGGUGAAUGCAGGCUUUUAAGGAUUCUUGCUGUUCUUGGAUUUUGCCUGCAACAUAACAUUUGUUGAAAGGUGGAUCAGAAGGUGGAUCAUAAGCAACUAUAAGCGACUAAUCUUUGUACGCUUCUAAUGGAAGACAAUUAAUCUUAUCUAAACUUUGAAAGCUUUACUCUUUUCAUUAGAGUACCAAAUGUGUAGUUAAGCUAGAUGCUGCCAAUGUGGUAGUACAAAGUGCCUUAAAGCUACCCUCAGAAUGCACUGACUCAGUGCCAUGAGACAGCGUAGAACUUCUAAAUAUCAGCACUUGUACCAAGGAAUGGCUUUUAAGUGGAAUGACGUAAGUGAGUGUGGUGUGUGUUGUGUUCUUAAGGCAUUUGCCUGGCAGGUGUUCUGUUUUCUCCAGGCGUAAUGUUCCUUGUUAGAAACUUGGGUGUUUGUGAAUUUUUUUUUUUCCUACAUUUUUUUCAUGUUCUCUUAGGCUGCCAGAUACGUGUUCAGUGUCCUCCUGAUGUCUUUCUCUUUCUUUUCAUGUCACCUAAUUAUUGGAACGCUGCUGGCAGCCUUCCUUCAGGAAAACAUUAACAGCAUUCGUACUAUCUAUCUAUCUAUCUAUCUAUUUCAAAGAUGUGCCUUUUUUGUAUUAUAUGUAUUGAUAAUUUGUAAUCCAUAUUUUAAAAAAAUUUUAUUGUGAACUUUAUUUUAAGUGCAAUGUUUUAUAAAAUAGAGGGGUGUACAUUUUCGUUACCUGUUAAUAUCGACUAGACUGAUAAGAAAUGAAAAGUGUUAGCAUCAGUCUAGAGCAGUUAAUGCAGUCCAAAAACAUGUAACAGCUGUAUUUGUAAGAAUUCAAAAUGUGUACUUAACAGCCAUUAAAUACUGAUUUAUAGUG